AUGGGAUAUUCGAGAGUGGCUUGGUGCGUGCUGUUACUGCUACAGUACACCGCGGCGGAACCACGUCCCGAUUUUGCACUCGGCGUAACCGUGCAGGGCUCGAGCAGGGUCGGAAUCGCCGCCAACGAUGCGAAAACAAUCAUUUCCGGUGUGAAAAAGUCCGCCGUAGACUAUGUCGUUCGUUCCGAGUUGCCGCUGCUGCCGAGCGUGCUGACGAUCGUGAAGGACGUGGCGGGCCAGUUUCAAACGCUGGCCACUACGCUGGUCACCAGCAUCACUACGCUAGCGAGCGAUUCCAGCGGCAAUGUCGAUACCGUGUUCGGGGCAGCAGUUGAUGCGGUCACCAACACGAUUACGUUCGCGGACGUAACGUUGCCGACGCUUACGGCCCCCCUCGUACCGCUGAUCGGUAGGCCACUGCUGGAAAAAUUCCAGGACAGCUUGCAGCACAUCAGCAAAGCGCUGGUGCCAAUGAAAUCGCGCCUCAACGAUCUGAAAACCGGUGCUCAGAAUGCUGUCACGGAGGCUGGUAGUACCACCGAUAUAGCGACGGCCAUCAUCUUGAAGAAUCUCAAACGGUCUGUAAUAGCGCAGCUCGUGUACGCGCUGCAGCUGCUGCGAGCGACCGUGCCAGUGCUGAAGUACACCGUUGACAGCACGGUUGACGGUAUCGCCGUUGCCGACCAGUACAUGCUGGAUCUCUCCAGCAAGGUAGACAGUACCAUUGGUGAGAAGUCGGUAGUCGCCGCCAGUCUGGAUGAUAUUAUUGGGGCGAUCGAUAAAACCAUCACCGACACCAUGACCGCCAUCGGUACCGAUCUUGGCAAACUGCAGACGGGCUAUGCCGCCCUUGCGAACGUCCGCAGCACUACCAGCGCGGGACAGCUGUCCAUGCUGCUGGCAAAGUUUGCAGACAACCUAACCGCACUCGGAACGAAGGAUCCCACCGUCCGCACCAUACUGAACAGCUUGAAGGAUGCAGUGCUCGAUGUGUACGAUGUUACCGCACCGCUGUUCUUCAUCUACGACAGCUAUCUGGUGAACUCGCUGAUGACGACGCUGGUGGCAAACGGCAAGUACUCGCAGUACUGCUUUUACAAGUACAAGGACUAUCUGUUUGCCAUGCUCGAUACCAUCGCGAUCGAGGCCAGCGAGUGUGUCGACAAGGAGGUGGCACGGCUGGAAUACUUUCGCAAAACGAUCGAGCUAAUGCUGGAGCUGCUGUUUUUCGACUUUGAAGACAUCGCGGGCGAUUUGACCACGUGCAAUAAAAUUGUUGAUGCGACCAACUUGGAAGAAUGUACCACUUCGCUUGCAGCGAUCUACACAAAGCUGGAGACAGCAUUCGAAGCGAUGUUUGCGCUCGGGUAUGAUGUCGUGAGCCGUGAAGUUAAGGCUACCAGCUACAGGUUGAAGAUUUGCAUGCGUUUGUCUCAGUCCUCGCUCGGCAAUACGGAAAUUCCCAUGCUGAUGGCAAAGAUUACCGAUUGCGACGAGUUCGGCCCAUUGCAGCAAAACGAUUAA